GUGUGUGUGUGUGUGUGUGCAAUGCCCUACGAAUACAAACACACGCAGCUGGAUUAGCGCCGCCCCUGUGAUAAGGAAACUUUGUUUACUGGGAGGGGAGUCGGUUUUCAAAACAGGAAACGUUUUUAAGACUAGGAGACACAAAGUACUUAUACUCCUGCAUUCGGAUAUUGAGCUUCGGGAGAAAGCGAGUUGCUGUGAACGAUGCAGGCUGGUGGCAUUAGCAAGGUGUCCGGGGUCCGAACGCACCCGAACUUAGCUCAGCAGAAUUCGGGUCCCAUACCAACCAAACCGGGACCAGCGACCGAACUGUUCGUGGACGCGAACUUCCCGAAAGGACUGCCGGACCCCGCGGGGGAAAUCGUGUGGAAACGACCAAAGGAGCUCUGUGCCUCUCCGCAGUUCAUCAUCGAUGGAGCUUCCCGGACUGACAUCUGUCAGGGCAGACUGGGUGAUUGCUGGUUCCUCUCUGCGGUCGCCUCCCUGACUCUUCACCAGCCCCUCAUGGAUCAGGUCAUUCCGGAGGGACAGGGCUUCGGCAGCGGGUACACCGGCAGGUUCACCUUCAAGGUACGCAGCCAACCGCCCUGGGGCUUAUAUACGAGCCCCCAAGAGGGAGACCGAAAUCUGUCUCACUCUCAAGCAUUCCGCACUGCAAGUUACUGAGGGUGUUGGUUACAU